CUGCCCGCACCCGUCAUGGCGGCGGCGGCUUCAGCGGCGCUGCCGCCCCGCCCCGCCCGGCCGGCCGUGCCCGCAGCCGGCAUGGCCGCCAAGGGGGCCCGGCAGCGGCCGCGGGCGGGCGGCGGGGAGGCGGCGGGGCGGCGGCCGGAGGCGGAGGAGCCGCGGGCAGAAUCGUCCGGGAGCAAAGCAGGACAAGUUUGGGCCCCCGAAGGAUCAACAGCUUUCAAGUGUCUCAUCUCGGCCAGGUUCUGUGCAGCCCUCCUGAGCAACAUCUCUGAUUGUGACGAGACCUUCAACUACUGGGAACCGACACACUACCUCAUCUAUGGGAAGGGGUUUCAGACGUGGGAGUACUCCCCAGCCUAUGCCAUCCGCUCCUAUGCUUACCUGUGGCUCCAUGCCUUACCAGCCUGGUUCCAUGCCCGAGUCCUGCAAACCAACAAGGUCCUUAUCUUCUAUUUCCUCCGAUGCUUCCUGGCCUUCCUGAGCUGCGUUUGUGAACUCUACUUCUACAAGGCUGUGUGCAAGAAGUUUGGGCUGCAUGUGAGCAGGCUGAUGCUGGCCUUCCUGGUGCUCAGCACGGGGAUGUUCUGUGCUUCUGCAGCUUUCCUGCCCAGCAGUUUCUGCAUGUACACCACGGUGGUUGCCAUGACUGGCUGGUACAUGGACAAGACCUCUGUGGCAGUGCUGGGGGUGGCUGCUGGAGCCCUCCUGGGCUGGCCCUUCAGUGCAGCUCUGGGGCUUCCUAUUGCCUUUGACUUGUUGAUACUGAAGCAGAGGUGGAAAAGUUUCCUGAACUGGUGUGUGGUGUCGUUGAUCCUGUUUCUGGUGCCCUUGGUAGUGGUGGACAGCUAUUACUACGGGAAGCUGGUGGUUGCCCCUCUCAACAUUGUUUUAUACAAUGUCUUCACCCCUCACGGGCCUGAUCUCUACGGUACAGAACCCUGGUCCUUCUACUUCAUCAAUGGCUUUCUGAAUUUCAACGUGGCUUUCAUUCUGGCGCUGCUGGUGCUGCCACUGACCUGUCUCAUGGAGUGUCUGCUGCAGAAGUUCCAUGUUCAGAAUCUGGGCCGUCCCUACUGGCUGACACUGGCUCCCAUGUACAUCUGGAUCAUGAUUUUCUUCAGCCAGCCCCACAAAGAGGAGAGGUUUCUCUUUCCCAUCUAUCCCCUCAUCUGUCUCUCCGGUGCUGUGGCUCUCUCUGCUCUCCAGAAAUGUUACCACUUCAUAUUCCAGCGGUACCGCCUGGAGCACUACACGGUGUCCUCCAACUGGCUGGCCCUGGGCACUGUCUUCCUCUUCGGCCUUCUGUCCCUGUCACGCUCUGUUGCCUUGUUCAGAGGCUACCACGGGCCCCUGGACCUGUACCCCGAGUUCCACAGGAUUGCCACUGACCCCAGCAUUCACACAGUGCCAGAGGGCAGGCCAGUCAACGUGUGUGUGGGGAAGGAGUGGCACAGGUUCCCCAGCAGCUUCCUCCUGCCUGACAACUGGCAGCUCCAGUUCAUCCUGUCGGAAUUCAGGGGCCAGUUACCCAAGCCCUUUGCCAAGGGCCCCCUGGCCACGCGGAUCAUCCCCACGGACAUGAACGACCAGAACCAGGAGGAGCCAUCCCGAUAUAUUGACAUUUCCAAGUGCCACUACCUGGUGGACUUGGACACAGCAGCUGAGACCCCAAGGGAGCCAAGGUACUCCUCCAACAAAGAAGAGUGGGUGACCAUUGCCUACAAGCCAUUCCUUGAUGCUUCCAGGUCCUCGAGGCUGCUGCGAGCAUUCUACAUCCCCCUCCUCUCAGAGCAGUACACGUGGUAUGCAAACUACACCAUCCUGAAAUCCAGGAGGUCCAGGCAGAGCAGGAAAAAGAUGGGAGGCUAAAACACACACCUGGGCAACCCAGCCCAGCUCUGCUCUGCCCACACACAGCGUGUUGGGGAGAAGCCAUUGGAAAAUCCAGCAGCCACCUGUGGGUUUGUUAUCCCUGCUGCUCCCUGGGUUGCACUGGAAAAGAGAAAAAUGGAAAAUAAAAAGGAAUGACAGGACGAGGCUCUGCUCCAGGUUGCAGUCUGGCACUGGGAAAACCUCAGCUUCUUCCUUUCUCUCUCCUGCCCACCCCUCCACUGUCCCUCCUCUGCUCCAGUAGUGCUUUCAUUCACCUAGGGAGGUUUUUCAGGUAACAAUGUUUAGGAAUUUUCCUUUUUCUUAAAAAAGAAAAAAAAAAAAAAGUGGUGGAGAAGAGGAAAAACCUGCCUGACAGUGAACUGAGAUGCACUGAGUCUCAAGGAAUGAAGUCUUGUGCACCACAGAGAAGCAGCUGAAGUUGCUCUGUCCAGGAGACACUUUCAAGGAUAAACCUGUACUUUUGGGAGAAAAAAAACCCUCCAAACUUAGGAACUGAGACAAUUACCUAUUUAAUGGGAUCAGAGUGUUUGUGUUAUCUGUGAAACCAAGUGUUUGUUUGCUAUUUAUAAUAAUUUUUCCAAGAUACCUGUGACAUCCUUUGAAUUCUAGACUGCAGCAUCUUAAAAAUUCUGGAAUCCUCCAGAGAGGAGAAGGAUUAAUUUAUAUAUAUAUAUAUUUUCUUUUUUUUUGCAGUUCGGUUUCCCAGAAUAGACAGUGUGUGUUACAUGGGUCCAAUGUGCUUCAGAGCAGUGUUGUGCUUGUUACAUCUCCAUUUUCAAACGUGCAGUGUCACAGGCUGGAUGAAGGGGGUGGUUUUCACUCACAUCCCUGGAGUUUUUGGGGGUGGGAUGGCACGAGAGGGAGUUCUGCCCAAGCUCUGUGCCCCACUUUGCUGUUAGACUGGGGGGGUGUGCAGUGCCAGAGCAGGGGCAUCAGGGAGCAGAUCUAGCAGAUUUUUUGGGGGAGCUGUUGGGAUGCAGAGAGAAAAGCAGGAGCCUCUGAGGACACAGUUGUUGAUUCCAGGUGCAAAAUUCAGGGCUGGACAAGUCUCAUGAGCAGGGUGGGAAGGACAGGCUGUGAUCCAACAUGACACUGCUGGGACCAAGGAGGAGGAGCUGGAGGAGGAGCAGGGCCUGGGCUCAACCAUCACAGCAACUUCAGAAGCACAGGGAGAGGCUCUGAAUGCCCUGCACUGCCCUGAGGAGCAUCCCCAGCCAGCUCUGCCCCUCAGAGGAGUUCACACAGGGCUCUGCAGUGCCAGGAAAUCAAACCCAGGACUCUUGCCCUGCUCGUUGCCUCUUCCCUUGCUGAUCCCUGACCUUAAAUCAAAUGAAGGAACAAAUCCCUGACCUUAAAUCAAAUAAAGAAAGGAGUGCAGCUGAAGGACUGGUUGCACCUCUCCCUGGUGCUGUUUGUGUGAACUGUUCCAUGUUGUCAUGGCCCAUAACCACAUGUUCAAUGUGAAAAGACAGUGCAGUAAAUAUCCAUUUCAAAUGA